AUGUCCCCUAGGGAUAACCACACGCAGGUGGCUGAAUUCAUCCUGGUGGGCUUCCCCGGCUCUGUGGGACUUCGCCUCUCCCUCUUUCUGUUAUUCCUCCUGGCCUACUUGCUGACCGUGUCCGAGAACCUGGUCGUCAUCACCCUGGUCCAAGGGCACCGGCCUCUCCACAAGCCCAUGUACCUCUUCCUCAGCAACCUCUCCUUCCUGGAGAUCUGGUAUGUGUCCGUCACCGUCCCCAAGAUUCUGGCCACCCUCCUGACUCCCCGGGCCCACCACAUCUCCUUCCUGGCCUGCAUGGCUCAGCUCUACUGCUUCCUGGGGCUGGCCUGCACCGAGUGCCUGCUGUUGGCCGUCAUGGCCUACGACCGCCACGUGGCCAUCUGUCACCCCCUCCGCUACCCCGCCAUCAUGGGCCCCGGCCUCUGCCUCCGCCUGGGGGCCGGCUCCUGGCUCGGGGGCUUCGCCGUCUCCCUGGGGAAGACCUUCUUCAUCUCGCGACUCGUCUACUGCGGCCCCAACGUCCUCAACCACUUCUUCUGCGACGUGUCCCCGCUGCUCAACCUGACAUGCACGGACAUGUCCUUGACCGAACUCGUGGACUUCCUGCUGGCCCUGAUGAUUCUUCUGGGUCCGCUGCUGGUCACCGUCCUCUCCUACAUCUCCAUCGUCACCGCCGUCCUGAGGAUCCCCUCGGCCUCCGGCCGGAAGAAGGCCUUCUCCACCUGUGCCUCUCACCUGGCCGUUGUGGUCAUCUACUACUCGGCCACGCUCUUCAUCUACGCCCGUCCCCGGGCCCUCGACUCCUUCGACUACAACAAGUUGGUGUCGGUCAUCUACACUGUGCUCACGCCUCUCCUCAACCCCAUCAUCUACUGCCUCAGGAACCAGGAGGUGAAGACUGCCCUGAGGAUGAUGAGGCAGAGGGCCACCCAGAAGAUGUGUGUUGUCCCCUAA